AUGUCAAAGGAAGAUAAACUCUGUGAAGACCACUUUCUUAAAACAUUUAAACGCAACGAAAAUGGACGUUAUGUUGUUCGAUUGCCGUUUAAGGAGACUCCACAUUCUAUGAACAGUUCAUAUGACGUUGCUGUACGAAGACUAGCUCAGGUGGAGAGGUCUCUUAUCAGAAAUCCGUCGGUGAACAACCAGUAUCGUGAGUUCAUGAUUGACUAUCUUCGACAAAAUCACAUGGAACUUGUGCAACCCACUGAAGACAGUCCGGUUAUCUUUCUACCUCAUCAUCAUGUUUCACGUCAAGCGUCACUGCCAAAUUGA